GCUCCUCACUGCGAUGGACGCCGGAGGAGAGCGCUGACCAGCCGGGAACCAGGAACCAUGCCGACGGCCCUCUCCGGAAGAGGGAAACUUUCCACCGUCUGCUUCCUGCUCCGAUGCGCGUUUUCUCAGGUAACAAGAAGCCAACGCAGCAGCUGUGCCAAAGACACCUUGGAGGACAUGACUCAGUCCUGGCCGUCCCAGCAGGCCUUAGGGGGGGAGCAGGCACAGCGGAUCCUCUACAGCUCAAAGGAUUCCAAACAGCCGACAGCCCAGCAAAGACAAAGUCGGGGAGAUGUUCAGCUGCGAACGGCCCGCCAUCCUCAUGUGGCACCUCACAAAUCCAUGCUUGCCGAUGACCUGAAGCUGAGCAGCGAUGAAGACGACGCCCCGAGGGCCGUCCAGGAGCCGGCGUCCUGGGACAGACACAGCCUGUCAGCACAGCGAGCGCACACACAUGGCAGGCGGGUGAGACAUUCCAGCUCCGACUCCUCCGGCUCAGACUCCAGCGCCGGGUCCGGCAGCAGCAGCCUUCCCUCCCGGAGCCCCAGCCGGAGUCCAGAGCUUCACCCGGAUCCCGCGGGGCCGGCCGCCGCUCAGCCCCGACCGCAGUGCAACGGCAAGGAGCCCAAUCAUCCCUCUGCUGCCCGGUGGCAGCUGGAUAAAUGGUUGAAGAAGUCCCAGAGGAAGUCUGCCAGCAGCGAUCUCCGUCACGCUGAAAGCCACUCAGGACAGGUGCUCACUCCUCAGGACCAGCAGGGCGCCUCGCCGGCCCGGUCGUGGGACAGCAAUCAGGAGUACAGCCCCAGUCAGAGCCCAAUUCCCAGCCCACAGUUCAACUACAGCCACAACAGCCCCCUGCCCAGCCCCGGGUACAGCUUCUGCCCCAGCCCCAGCCCCUUUCCCAGCACCUGCCCGAGUCCGAGCCCCAGUCCAAGGCUUAGCCCAGUUCCCAGUCCCGGUCCAAGUUUGUGCCCCAGUCCAUGUGUCAGUCCAAGAGCCAGCCGCAGCCCAAGUCCUCUACCCAGAGACCCUCCGAGAAGUCCAAGUCCUAGUCUAGAUCCUCCGUCAAGGAUCAGUCACUAUCCCGAGGUUCUGAAUCAGAACCAAACAACUCCCCACAGGACAAAAAUCAGGCCAUGGAUUGCCCCAGCAACUAACACUGCUGCAAAGAGCAAGUCCACAGGCCAUCCUCAUCCUCAGACGAACCAUCAUCAUCGAUCCAAGACCCGACCCAUCCAGGAUCAGGACCAAAUUCAAAGCAAUUCCAAGAUUUCUGCGACUUUCCCUUCAAAUCAGAACCAAAGCCACAAAUACAGAUCCAGGUCUGAAACUCAUCAGAGCUCGAGACAUCUUGCUGAGGCUCCCAAAGCUAAAAACACAUUAAAUGCUGAGCAAAUCGAGAGAAGCAGGUCCAACCACAAGUCCAGGCCUUCUGUCCAGCCCAGCUCACAGCACAGCCCCACAAGGGCAAAACACUUCGUUCCCACAAAUCGUGAGACCAGCACUAGUCACAGUUCCCACUCCCAGUCUACCUCUAAAGCUUCCAGCACUUCUGCGACUGGUCUAAAACAUCGGUCCAACUCUUGGGAGGCCUCAGUGCAAACCUCUGCACAUGUUAAUCACACGAGGUCCCCACAGAAGAAACCCCAAAGUAAGGAACGGGAGGUGGAUCGCAGGAGGGAUCAUUUGAUCCUCUCAGAGCAGAGAAAACACGAGAGAAGGGAGGACAGACACCGAGAAAAGCACCAAGGGAGACAGGACAGAAAGGAAGACAGGAGGCUGGCGGAGGAGCAGCUGCUGAGACGUCCCUGGAUCCAGAGUUCAACUGAAGAAGACGAGGAGGAGGAAGAGGUGGAGGAGCGAGAAAGAGCAAGAGACCAACAAAGGAGCAGAGAGGAGACGGCAAGAGAAGACAGCAGAAGGAAGAGGGAGCAGCACCAAAGGCAUGAGUGGCAGACGGCUCCGGCCCAGCAGAGAGUAUCCUCCAACACGCCACGGCGGCGCCUUCAGGACAACACACACCGUCAGGACAGGAUAAAGAGGGGAGGGAGGAGCGACGAAGCAAGAGGGUUACAGCCCCGCUCGUCACCUCCUUCGUGUUCACCUUCUCCUACGAGACCGUCCUCCUCGUCUGCCUCUUCGUCUUCGAGUUCAGAUUCGGAAUCUGAGCAUCAGGCCCAGACCACCAAAGUUAGAGCAGACUCCACCUCUCAGAAGAGACCCGUUCGGAAGGGACACCAAAUCCUGGGCAGACCUGAUCCCAGCGGGCUGAAGGUGUUGCACCAGAGAGGAUCCUUCCCUGCAAAUCCCAGUGAGGGGCAGCAAAGCGAAGGCAAGCAAAAACUCUACACUCUUGUCCCGUUUGGGCGAGGAGACAAGACUGGGCCCCCCUCCCAGCGGGGCCUGAGAAAUCUGGUGGUGCAUAUAGACCUCUGCCUUCUGAAGAGGGUCCCGGACAGCACCACCACUUCUCCGACUAAAACAACCUCCUCUUCCUCCUCCUCUUCAUCAAACAAAGACAAGCAGAAAGAGACUAUGAGACACCUGUAUCCCCCUGAGACGCCAACCAAAGACAACAAGAGGAAACGCAAGCUGGAGAAUGGUGUGCCACACAGAGAAAGCAAGAAAAGCCUCCCGUAUGCCAGCGACCUGCCAGGCCUCACAGAGUCCUCCAGUCCUCCGGCUGAGAGCCUGGUGACCGAGACCACGCACAACGGGUACUUGGAGGAGUACCUGGACGACAAGAGGCCGAUGUCCCCCGUCUCUCCCCUGUCGCCCCUACCGCUGAGUGGUGAGGCAACCAAGCCUACCUCCAAAACGAAGACCGCAGAGCAGCCUCACACUCCCAAGAACAGGGACAAAAAUAGAGAAUCUGCCAUCAGGCCCAAAACUGAGGUGGACUGUGUAAAGGCGCCGAGGCAGCUCCAUCCACCAUCUGAGCCCUGGGGCCCUGCAGGACACAGGGGGGCCGGGGCUGUGCCAAACCACAAAACUUCUCACCACGCCGAGUACUACCUGCAUGAAGCUAAAAGAAUGAAACACCGCGCGGAUGCCAUGGUGGAUAAACUGGGGAAGGCAGUGAACUACGUUGACGCUGCUCUGUCCUUCAUGGAGUGUGGUAAAGCAAUGGAGGAAGGCCCAGUGGAAGCAAAGUCUCCUUACACUAUGUACUCCGAGACGGUGGAGCUCAUCCGGUACGCAAUGAGGCUGAAGAGCCACUCUGGCCCUGGGGCGAGACAGGAAGACAAACAGCUGGCGGUUCUGUGUUUCCGCUGCCUUGCCCUCCUUUACUGGCAGAUGUUCCGCCUCAAGAAGGACCACGCAUUAAAAUACUCCAAAGUGCUGCUGGACUACUUCAAGAGUUCUCAAAAAGUGCCUACAACACCACCCUGUUGGAGCGACUCUGCAAAGGUCACCGGAGGACCCCCUUCCUCACUCUCACCGAAUGCCAAGCACCUCAGCCGGGGUUCACACGGGGCCACCAGCUCCGCGCCCCUCAUCAGCAUUCCCCAGCGCAUCCACCAGAUGGCAGCAAACCACUUGAACAUUACCAACAGUGUCUUGUACAGCUAUGAGUACUGGGAGGUGGCAGACAAUCUGGCAAAGGAGAACAAAGAGUUCUUCAACUACUUGAAUACUUUGUCUGGGCCGUUGACGCUUCACAGUAGCAUUGCACACGCUGUCCAGUACACCAGACAGGCUCUCCAGUGGAUACGUAUUAGUGCCAAACUCAACUGACGUGGAGAGGAUUUACUACGACAGGCCCACUGGAUCCAGUGUGGAAUAGACAAAAUUCUGGAUCUCUAUGCAGCUCUCAGGACGGCACUGAUGCCCUCUGCAAGGGUGGAAGACUCGGCUGGAUCAAAUCCCGAAGAGCCUGCUGUUUCUCGCCCUCUUGGUUUACUGGGAUGCAUCUGGUUUCUUACUGUGCAGAGCCUUCCGGAGGAGCAGCCUCACUGAGUUGCCUAUAAACACGCUCUUCCCCGUGGCUGGAUUAACCAGGAGAUUAGUGCGAACUGUGGAUGACUGAAGUCGUCAACCAUUUGCCAAAUAUUGUUUGAAUCUCAAAGAAGUGACUCGGCCCUCCUCAUUUUUUCUGGAACAAACUGCCAUUUUACACACUUUUACUCUGGGGCCAAACUAGGUGAAGACACUUUACCGAUCCAGCCAGUCGUACGUCACCUUUCUCAAACUGGAAAAUACAGCUGUGUGUUUUUGCUAUUGACGGUUGUGAUGUCUUUGAAGUACCAAAUAUUUUCACUUCUAUGUUUUUACUGUGCAAUACCUGUUGGAUUGUCUGCGAAAAGCAAACACGCAAGUGAAUAAA